UAUAAAAGGUCUGGUCCUUGGGUGCGGACCCGCAUUCUGGACACGGCUGCUGAAAACGGCUUCCUCUGCCAGUGCCGAGCCAGGCGCCAUGGCAGCAGUCACGUUCCCCUCAGAAGACCCCAGAGAGCCGAGCGCCCACCCCGGGGGCCUUGAGAUGAACCUGGAGACCAGCUCAGGCGGAAGGCCAGCGCGCCAGCAGAAGGCCAUCCCCAGAGCUCACCUGACCUUCGUCAUCGACUGUGCGCGAGGGAAGCAGAUCUCCCUGGCAGCACCCCCGGGGCCACCCCGCACCCCCAGUCCCAACCCGGGACCUGCCGUCCCUCCGAUGAAGACCUACAUCUUGUUAUGCGGGGAAAAGCAGUCCCCCAACCUGACUCGGGAGGCUCCGCUAGGUGGGGGGGGCCUUGCGCAGGCCAGGGGGCCCUGCCCAGGCCCCCCCUGCAGAGGGACUACGGCCCAAGCUUCCCCCCCAGCCAGCCCAGGAGGCCUUGCGGAGGCUCCUGAAGCCAAGGGGAGCCCCGUGAAGGCCGUGUCCUCGCGGUCCUCCGCGUGGGGAACGGUCAUCGGCUCCCUCAAGGCCCUCUCCUCCUGCGUCUGCGCACAGGCGGAUUAACUGCGGGACCCUGGCCGUGGGCGGGGAGGCUCGGGAUCCCUGCACGAUUCCCUGGGUCCACGCCUGCCUCCCCAGCCGAGCAGAAGGCUUUUCUACCUGAGCCAGAGAAGGAGAGUUAGAUCCGAAAGGACAUCUGAAACAGUCCCAAGCAUCCUACUUCUUCCUUCCUCUCCAUCUUUGCUAGCCUUUCAGCAGCGGCAGGAUAAGGCACCGCCAGGUAGAAUGAGGCUGACUCAUUCACACAGCAUAUUCUAAUGCAGCAUCUCCCAAUUCCCAGCCCUGCAAAGCAUUGAAAAAGACACUGCAGCUUUCUUGGAGUUUGUAUUCUUGAGGGUGGGGGAGAAAGGUUAAACAACCCAAUAAAGACUAUUUGAACAGUA